AUGCUUAUCUUGCCCAACUUUAAUCAGGCGACUCUCUCAAAUAACGAGUUAGAAAACUAUAACAAUGAAAGCAGCUGUAAAUUGAUGGAUGGAUUUGCCAUCUUCAUACAAUUUAGUUUAUGCUUUACAGCUUUAUUGACAUUAAUUUAUAAACGAUCAACUGAAUCACCACAAAGACCAAUUCAAAUAUGGGCUUUGGAUGCCAGCAAACAAUUUGUUGGUGCUGGCAUGAUUCAUUGUAUAAACAUAUGUAUAAGUUAUUCCGCAAGUAAACAGGAGCAUGGACCAGCCACCAAUCUUUGCACUUGGUAUUUUUUAAAUGUUGCACUGGAUACAACCUUAGGCGUACUUAUUUUAUGGUGUUGGUUUAACUUUAUAUUAACAAUAUUGGAUAUGUUAAAUGUAAAGGACGGAUUUCAAACUGGCGAAUAUGGCCCACCUCCAUUGUCUAAUAUGAUUGUACCUUGGAUUAGACAAAUGUCCGUAUUCCUACUGUCUGGGAUAUUAGCAAAAUGUUGUCUUUACACUAUUCUAAUUAGUUCGCCUUGGUUAUUUUGGUUGGGUGAAAUCUGUAUUGGUUGGACCCAAGGCAAUGAAAAAUCUCAGGUGGUCUUUGUCAUGUUAAUAUUUCCAAUAAUCAUGAAUGCAAUCCAAUUUUGGCUAACUGAUACAAUUCUUAAAGUGCAAGAAUUAUCUGUGAAUUCAACAACAAAUAAUGAAGAAACUAAAAAGCCGGUUUUAAUGCUUUACCAUCAGCCAAUGAAAACUUCUAUCGAAAAAGCACCUUACUUUUCCACUCCAAUGUUUGCAGUGUUGAUAGAACAAACGGAAAGAACACCAUUGCUUUUCCCUCCUAGCAAGCACCGUAUGUCUUCAUAA